AGAUAGCGUUACCAAUCCGCUAUGCACAUUUAAAAAAAGCAAAGGACAACAAUACGCGAUCGAGUACAGUGAAAAAUUGGUGAAAUGGUGAAGUUGUGUCGUGCGUAUAUUUAGAACCAGGUCAAUCUAGUCCCUGUUCUCAAGUCGUUCACUCGCCAAAGAAUAAUCAUCAAACCUGCUCCCCGACCAAUGGUGGGGGGAAGGCGCCAGCGGAGAGCCAACGUUCCAAGAUGACCGGGUCCCACGUGAUCCAGAAAUGCAAUAACUGCGCGAAGAACAAUCAGAACGUGGACCGGCCCGGUUUACUUCAAACGCCCGCGUCCCCGUCGAAAUGCGGCGGCCAGGCGUUGCAGCACUCGCCCAAGAGCACGAACCUGGCUCAAAACCUUGGCCAGAACAACAAUCAUCAGCAUUGCAAUCGGUCGGAGCAACGCUCGAGGCCGAACACGUUGAACAUUUGCAACAACCAAUGCUCGUCGGCCCAGUGCGGCAACACUUUGUCCGUGAGCAGGCCCGGCUCGCGCCACAAGUUGAGACAUCAGAAUUCUUCCCAGGGUAGUUUCGACAGCGCCUCCCCUUGCCUCUCGCGAGAUAGUAGCACGGAAUUGUACACGGACAGCACGGGGAUAGAUCUGGAACAUUUCAUCGCCGAAACGAUAAAUCGUAAUCAGAAGGAUCGGACGGUGUUGUUAAAAAUCGAGAAGGAUCUGAUAGAGUUCGCGAGGGACAAGCAGAAAGUGUGUCACAAGUUCCCGAACAUGUCCUCGUACAACAGGAUGUUGGUGCAUCGGGUGGCUGCUUACUUCGGUAUGGAGCACAACGUGGACCAGUCCGGUUCCAGCGUGAUAGUGACGAGGACGAAAAACAUGCGGAUACCGAACACCCGUUUCAAGGAGCACAUCAGGGACGACCUGAUCCUGUCCGAGGAGCCGAGGAGGAGCAUUCUGAAGAGGGACUCGAACUCGUUCGAGGACAGUUUCAACUUCAAAUCGCCCGACAGAUUGUCGGGCGAUUAUUGCCGGCAGAACAAGAGUUUCGAGGAGAGGGAGGAGGAGUACGAGCGCGCCAGGCGAAGGAUAUUCAAGGAUAGCAGCGGGGAGAGCAGCGAGGUUACCUCCUGGCCCUACUGGUCCUCCUCCGAAAGCUCCGACGCGUCCGCCAGAUAUCGUUUGCUGCAUCCGUCGGAUCACGCGAUGAUGAGGCAAACCAAGCUCUUGAAAGGAGAAUCUUUAGAUGGAAGGGAAUCCUGUCGGGGUUCGGUACUGAGACCAUCCGUUUCCAAGUCCUUUAGCUUCGGUGGUUAUACCAGGGGAAUGCUUUCUAGAGGGGACAGUGUUACAUCUACUCAUAGUGCAGGAGCUCGCCUUAUGAAGCAAGACUCAGGUGCUAGUAUGUGUUCACGGCUUAGCCCUUCGAGUAGCGGUUAUAAAUCGCAAAGCCAGCGAAGCGACGCCACGAUAUCACCGUCUCCAUCGCCGUCCCCCGUGGCGACGAUGACCUGCAGUCAUACCCAAGUAUCUAGUCAGGAUCUCGCCUCUCCGGAAUCGGGCAAUCAGACGGUAAUGUGGGCGGUGACCAGUAUAUCGAGCGUGCCGCCCGGCAGCAUAAUUAUAAACCCGCAAACGAAUCAACCGUAUACGAAUCCGGAUGGUUCGAUUUAUCGCUUCGAUCCGGAGAAUCCACCUAAAUUUUAUACAACGCCCGCGUUGUCGUCUCACGAGAACGAGAGAAACAACGAUAACAGGGCGGCGUCGCCCGCAAAGAUCGUAGAAACAUCCGAGCCAUCCAAACUUACUAGCAACAAGAACGAGAAUAAAAGGAAAUCGCAAUCUAGCAACAAGCACGGCAACACAGCUUGUAACGCAACCACGGUGACCCACGUGACGAACUCGGCAACGUCGCCGAGUUUGCCGUACACGCCGCCACCCCGAGAGAAUGGAGGAGGGCCGCUGCUGCGGCAGCAGCAGCAACAAACUCUAGUCAAAUCGUCGUCGACGGUGCAAACUUGUAAUCACAGCCAAGCAGCUCAAACAUACGCGACCUACGUACCUACCUCAGAACCGUUCAACCAGCAGCAGGGUGUCUAUCAACCGCCCCCAUCCGUGGGACAACAGACUGUGAUGAUGGCCCCUCAUCCGAGUCAGAGUCAGACGAGCGUUCAGAGCAAUGGCCAGAGCCACGAUGCGUUUAACCAGAAUUCGGUUUACGCGAAUUACGCGGUGCCCGCGGUACAGCAAGGGCCGGUGUCGCAGACAACCGAGAUAACCGAAUUGUCCGGAUAUUUUAUGGGCAUGAGCAUCUACGAUCAACGCGUAACCGGUGAUAAUCAUUCUACGCCACCUCACUCUUACCCACCUCAACCACCGCAACAACCAUCCACGAAUCAAACGGUGCAAAAUGUGCAGACGAUGCCGCAAAAUUAUUGGCAACCACCACCCAAUUCCGUACUGCCGCAACAAACAAUGUACUUCGUACCUCCUCCUGGUGCAACACUUUCGGUUAGCCAAGGUCCAGGCGAUAGGCAACAGUUGCAUCAGCAACAAAGAUUUCCAACAAAUUAUUCAUUCAAUGCACAAACUAUGACUCCUCCGAGCCAAUCGAAUUCUAAUUACGUGGGUACUUAUCCAGUCCCUUACAACUCGAUGCCCGCUGUGACACCAACACCAGCGGAUUACACGUAUCAGCCACCACCGGUUCACAUGGUCCCUACGUAUUAUCCACCGAGUCAAACUACGAUUCAACCACCACCCGUCAUGUACAGAGUACCGACACCACCGAAUACACCAACUUCUAAUCAGAUGCCCGGGGUGCCAUUGAUGUAUGUCAACUCCGGCAGCUAUCCACCACCAACGAUGGUGUCCAAUGGGACGUUUGGUCAUCAGGUCGGGCACAAUGGCACAUCUCCAGCGCCUCCUGCAACUUACAUGACUCCUGCGCUGGUUCCCAAUCUCGUGUUCAGGCAAAAUGUUCCCGUCGUUGCUGGUGUACGAGCUUCAACGCCAGGUAAUUCUCAGAAAACGAGCAGGUCGCCGACUCCAGCACACGAGUUGUUCGGAAGUGGGAGCGGGGACAGAAGCGCACAACCCCAACCACGCUACCCACUGCCAAUGUAUCAGGGUGUCCAUAUUGUCCAAGGAGAUAUGAGAUUGAUGCAUCCCGCAGUGCCGGCUAAUCCGCGAUUGCAGUAUGCGCCAGUACCAUCACCACCUGUUGUUCAAGGUUGUCCACGACCGUAUCGACCACCUUCUUAUUCGUCGAACACCUCAGGCGCUGGUACACCCACAUCGUUCGAUGGGAGAAAUCAGAAAAUUCGUAAACAGAGGUCCAAAGUAACGCCAACGUUGCCACCAACAGGCGCGCGGCCCAAUCUUUAUCAAACUCCUUCCAUGCCGUCGCUCUCGUCUAACGUUCCGAAAGAUAUCAGAGAAGCGAAACCUGUGGAAGACAAUAUGAUAUAAGGGACCGUGAAGGUGACAAUCACCCGUCGAAACCAACUGGUACAAUAUUAAAUACUUGGGCCAAUAUUGAAUGGAGGAUCAGCGGGACAAGGAUGUAAAAGAAAAGACAAUUGAAUCGUUGAAACAUGCCGAUUGAAAAGAACCGAAUGAGCGGCUCGUGGUUUUACUACCGCUGUACACACACACACGAUUCUUAUUAUAAAUAUUAAAUAAUAACUUUUGAUUAAAUAUCUAAGGAAAAAGAGAGAUAUAGGAAGCAUACACUAAUAGGAAAUUCAAACUUGUUAAAAAAUCGGGAAAGAGAGAAAAUAAAUAAGAAAGAGAAUGUAACUAUAACGAAUGUAAAAAAAAAAACGAAUUAUACAUCCCUUUUGAUAAAACCUGGAGAACGAUGAAAAUAACGGGAAUGCAAAAGAAAAAGAAAAAAAUCAUAUUGAAUUCGUUCAUACUGACUUAU